CGUGCCGGCUCCUUUUCUGUCUUUGCUCUGCUGCACCUUCGUUUUCCGAAAAAUCGUAACUCGACUGCACGUUCAUUCAGCCGCAUGCCAUAGAUCGAUCGGGCCAAGUGUCUCGUUAACAGUCGAACAAAUUGCACCGUCAAAACCUGCGAUUUCCUAAAAACCACAAAGCCUUUUAUCCGUCACGAGAAACGAAUCAUGGUGGUCCCGUUAAGGAGGGAUAUUCUUCGUGAACUUUUCUUCCACGCUGUGCCUUGAAUUUAGCAGAAAAUUCGUGAUUUACAGUCGAACAGCAUUUUAAAAAAGGAAGAGACAGUAGAGAUUUUCUCGUCGACAGUGGAGCAUUGCAUCGAAAUAUCGUAUUUUCAAGGAGAAAUAUCGAGAGACGUUCGGUCGUCGAGAAUGCGAAGAGGAAGAGACGAGGUCGAGUGAAAUUUUUAUCGAGUUUUUGUUGUUGUUGCUUUUAUCGGGACAGAGGGCACAGUUUGUGUGAAUCAACGGACGGGAAAUUAAUAGGCCGAAGAUGUUUAAAAUUGUACGACGAUUUUGCGUUUGAUGGGAUUUUAUGUUUGCUCUUUUGUUAUCUGUGGUGGUGAAGAAACUUUAAAAAGAGUUUGAAAAGUCAUUUCCUCUCUGACCUAGGGAGAAGAACGCCGUAACGUAAAAUCUUGUCGCUCUCUAUUAAUACUUGUGUUUCAAGGAAAUACGUACGAUACAACGUAUGCAGAAAACAGGUGGAAAAUAAAAUAAAAUCGUGCAUCGAAGAAAGAUAUCGAUUUUUUAGAAUUUUUCUGAAGAGACGUUUAUUGAAAAAAAUUACAAAAUUCGAAGCAGUCGAGGGGUUAAGACUACACAAAAAAAUUUGUCAACGUUAGAAAAGACAGUGUGCGACGUAUAAGUCGUAUGUUUUGAUGGACUGUGAACGAAAUGAAUAGAAUUGUGAUUUUUACACGUUUCUGAAAGUGAACUUUGUCGGCUGUAUUGCCGAAGACGAUAACCAAUAGGCAACAAAAAGUACAUUUUCUUGACGAUACGAGAGUAAUGUUAUUUAUUACGGAUUGACUGUUUGCUGUUUUCUGAUUAACUUGAGAUAUAGAUCGAUUCGACUCGAAAACAAUUAUUAAUUGGCGCCGUACAAAGUAGAUAAUCCUACCUUUUUCGAUAACAUCGAAUAUAUUUAAGAAACGAAACUUUGCUUUUUCGAAAAUGUGAGGACAAAGAUGCACGAAACCGACUGGAAAGUGCUGGAAGAAUCUUCAUUGAAGUAUAACGAGGUGCCUUCGAUCUGAUUCAAUACGAUUUAAGCAAGGAGCAUGAUUAUGACGCAUACGGAAGAAGUAUCGACGACUUUCGAGUCGAAAACACCGACAGAACAAAUGAAUGGCCACUCUAUGGCGAGCACCGAGAGUCGAGAGGCGGAAGAGCAGGGUAGCAGCACGACCUCGCCCUCGGAGGGCAGGCACGCCGACGAGACGUCCGGCUCGCCCGUCCUCGAGAUGGGCAGCAUGGAUUCGGCGGGCAGCGCCCACAGUGGCGGCUCUUCUUGCGGCCUGGUCAGUUCCCUUUUCCCGAGCAAUUGUCGUGGUCGAGCCGAGGCAUUCGCCAGACGUCUUCAUCGACGAUUAACGUCUCUCGGUGGCGAAGACAAUUCUCAACGGAACGAUGAUUCCUCGUUGCCGAAGGAAACAUCCUGGCUACGUUCGCCGACAACAGGGAGAAAAAUAAUAACUAACAGCUCCAACAAUCGCGUUCUUCAGAAUCAACCUCGUCACAAUCCUAACGCGGAUUUGUGCUACGAUUACGAUCUCGAGUAUGAGGAUGGUCUUAGUUCGCCGGCAGAAGAAGCCACAGCAGCGGAAGUCGCGGAUUUAGUAGUGAAUCCGGAAGUAUUAAAAUCGAGUCAUCAUGGAAUUCACAACAGUUCACCGAUUGAAUCGAAAACCAGUAUAGAUUCAGAAUCUGGACACGUCUUCGCGUCUCCUCUGUUAGGAACGUCUCCAGAUAGCGAUUCCUCCGACAUGUUUUUCGAUCCAGAAUCAUCCGACGUUGAAAAACCGAAGAACGAAACGUUCUUCGAUCCCGUGACAACCUCGGAUAGCGAAGUGACUACAUCGAAUCUCUCAAACGGUUGCGACAUAAUAAGGCCCAAAAGCUUGCCGUGUCGUAGAAGGCCAGAUAUCAGCAUUGAACAUUCCGAGGACACAUCUGAAUCGAGCGCUUCGUUCAAAAGGAAUAAUUUUUGCGAUAAAGACCCGAGGAAGAAGGACUUGGCGUGCAGCUCGGAGGACUCGAACGAUAGAAGCUCCCAAGAGACAUCCACGUCGCCCAGUCAUGAAUCUCUUUGGAGCACGUUCGACGAGAGCACUAUGUCCUUUCAGGACGAACGUCCCGCAAAAAUAAAUCCUACUGCGGUCACACACCAGAUCCGGCUUCCCAAGUCGCAUUCUGAUUCAGAGAUACCCGUCCACGGACCUAGUAUAAUGAUCACUUCCGCGAUUAAGGAUGAAAAAGUCCAUACCGAUGAAGUGGAUUUUAUUAACUUUCUGUCGGAGAACAGCAAAUUGGAGAAUAUCAAGAACGCGAGGAAUCUCGUCAAAGAAGAUACUUCGGAUUCGUCGGAAAAUACGUACGAGGAGGAUCUUCCAUAUGACGAGGAGAAGCCCAAGGAUACACUAGAGCAACAUCCGAAGGUUUUAUCUUUGAAACUCGAAGAGAUUCCUGGCAAUGAGACUGACGACCAUUCGACGUACAGCAGUAUGAUCAACAUCCCUGGUGCUCUAACCCUCGAGUAUCCUAUAGUAGAGGGAGUGAUAGAAGCCACGAUGAAGAACGAGAUAAAAAUACAAAUAGAAAAUGGAGCUAUAAUAGCUAGCAGCGACGAGGAUAAGAUGUGCCUUCUGUUGCAGAAGCUCGCCACAAGUCCAAGUAUCAAAGAGGAUGUUCAUAUAACUGAGGAGCCACAGGACGAUAGUAUCGAGGAAGAGGAAGAAGAAAGACCUCAGAAGAUCAGACGGUGUUCUUCUUUGAAGACAGGAAAAACGCCACCAGGGACACCUGGAAGGAAGAAAAUCGUUCGAUUCGCAGACGUAUUAGGCCUAGAUCUCGCCGACGUGCGAACGUUCUUAGACGAAAUCCCCAAAGUGCCGAACUCAGCGUACAGCGACUUGAUCUACGAUGACAUUUUCCAGAAAGACACCAGUCCUGUAAACAGCUCGCCAAUUCCAGCUCAAUGGGGAGCCAGAUACGUAGGUAGUCGACGCGCAUCAGGCUGCGGGAUGUCUUCGCAUAAACUGGACAGAACUUUGGUGCCUCUGUUUCAACAACCUGGCGGUCUACCUAAUUUCCUGGAUCUGGUCCGCGAACGUCGAGUAUGCUUAGAGAACGUGCUGGUCCAGGAUCCCGUGUCUUUCUGUAUCCAGGGUACGGUCCGCGUAAUCAAUCUAGACUUUCACAAGUCGGUGCACAUCAGAUACACGUUGAACUCGUGGCGAAACUUCAGCGAUUUGCAAGCCAUCUACGUACCUAACUCGUGCGACGGUUUCAGCGACAAAUUUUCGUUCGUCCUGUACUGUCACACGCUGUCAAUCGGUCAGAGGCUGGAGUUCGCGGUUCGAUUUCAAUGCAAGGGCGAGCAGUACUGGGACAACAACGCCGGACUCAAUUACUGCUUCCAGUGUUUGCCUGUUUCUCCAGCCGUUGGUUACAUGCCCAUCACGGCUCAGGAGGGUCAGCAUCACGAGUGGUCGCCUGUGUUCUACUGAUGGACAUCGUAGAUCGAGCAUUGGAUGCCGUGAUGGAGACACAGUGAUGCUUCGCGUAGACAAGGAGUCUGAAGUGGAUCCGAGUAAGGCUAACUAGCGACAGAUAGAGAGACAGAGGGAGAGGGAAAGAGAGAAAGCCUAUGGUUGUAUAAACGUUCCUAGAGUAUAUACCUUACUGUACAUAACUGUCCUAUUCUCGAGUCGAUCGAAGGAACGAGAAGGCAAGCCGGGGAGCAGGGACCGCACUAGCGUCAAUUAUUCUUUCCUGCCGUUUUCCGGACAGCCUUUCAAUGGACUGGAGAAACUCGACGCACCUGUUAGACUGACAUUUUUUACACGUUCGUUGUUCCUUGUUUACGAGCGAGAAUAUGUAUUCGGUAUAGACGUGAUACCACUUCUAUAAACGAACUGGGACUGUAGUUGAGAGAAGAAAUAUUAAGUACACAUACCUCUUUGAAGAUGACAGAGAAGAGGAUUUAGUCUUUGCCAGAAGUUGGAAGUUGAAGAGGACGUUUAAAAGGCGGACGAACAAUGAAACGUUCAAAGUAUCUGGCAGAGCAUGGAGGAUUAUUUUCACGUUCCUAGAAAGUACCUAAGUCUACAGAAUUUGCGCCAUAAUCGAGCCUAACGUGUUUGAAAGACUCUCAAACUGAUUAUAAUGCGAAAUGAUAGAGGUUAAAGGUUAUGAGAGAAACUAUUACUCGAAAUGAGAUGUUUGUUGAAGGAUGGUAUUGCUUCGAAGACGAAAUCAAGGGCUCUUUUUUCUCGUUUCAUUUUUUUUUUUUUUUUUUUUU